AUGGCGAGUCAUGGCCCUGUCCUCACGUCCCAGGAGAUGCGAGAUGUGGCUGCUGCCAUGGAGGAGGCUCCGACGUUUCCGUCGCAGGGGCAUGUUGCCAAGGCCGCCAACGGCAAGGGCAAGGGCUUCAUCGGGCGCAAGCGUCGUGCCACUGACGGGCAAGAAGAUGAGCUGGGUGAUGACGAUGAUUGUUAUCCUCUCGAGUAUCUUCGAGAACUUUGUCAAUCUGAGUUUGCAGGCAUGCGCGAGUCACUCACUACUGAUAUCAGCUCCUCAGUGGGCAAGACAGUGGCGACCAACUAUCAGACCCUCAUGUCCGCCAUCGGCGUGCUGCGAAAGGAAGUUGCAAACCAGUCUACGGAUAUUGACCAGCAGGUGCAGCAGGCCGAGAUCACGAAGCUCAAGCGGGAGAUGGAAGAGUUCAGGAAAUUGCUGGCCGUUGCUGAGGAGCGCCAACCGCCUCCUGCCCAGCCGCCUGUUGGCUUCACUAGGGAGGUUGACCCCGCGGUGCUGGUCGCGGUCACCUCGCUCGAGGCGGUCACUGUGUGCCUCGACAAGUUUUUGUCCGACGUGGGCUUCGACUCCAGCGAGUGCAAGAUUGUGGUUCAGGGUCAGGAGCCGUCGAAGCGCUUCGCCGCACGUUUCCCCGGGCUGCCCCAGCCCGCCGCCAGGAAGGUCGUCCGCGCGCUGGGGGGUCUCAAGGAUGGCCACACUUGGAAGUCGUUCUUCUGUGACGCCCCUGGCUCUGCGUCACGCACGAGUGUUCACAUGGGCCUCGACAAGAAUCCCAAGCAAAUCAAGGCCGAGAUUACGCUUCGCCGCUGCCGUGAUGCCAUUUUGGCUGAGUGCGGCGACGCCAACCGCAUUUUCAUGGACCGCGACCUCGGGGUGCUGCCCAUCAAGUUGGACAGGAUCCUUCAAGUUCGCGUCGCUGCGGGGCGGGAGACACCGCCUGAGCUUUGGUGGAACGAGGGGGCGCUCCAGAAGCACGGCCUCUCGAAGGACAUGGUGGCGCGCGCGACCGAGGAGAUCUCCCAGGGGCCACCUGAGCCGACCUGGUUCGCGACGUGGGAUGCGAGAGCUUUGUUGCAGGCUGCUGGGGAGAAGGCGAGCCUGGAGAGGGUGGCUCUUGUACCUGGGCGUGUCCUUCAAGUUUCGCUGCAUUCUGCGCAGUCAUGCCUCGCAGUCUUCAAUGCACACAACCACGAGCUGACUGUGAAGGAGGAAUCCUUCGUGAGCCAGACCAUCGUGCGGGAGCUGGCGGCUGCGGCCGAAUCGCCUGAUAAGCACUUCGUGGUCGUGAAUGGCGGUUUUAACUUCUCGGCGGGCGAGUCCUUGAUCGCCGGUUCUCCAGAGGUGGCUGUUCGACGGAGCGCUCGACGUCACGACGCGCACGCAGCUCGAUGGCGCGAAGCUCUCGGGCGCAUGCUGGAGGUCGAGGGCAGCGAGCCGACGCGCUUCGAGCGUGGCCGAGGUGCGGCGGCGGCGAUCGACCGCUUCUUCUGCUCGCUUGCGGGCCUGGUCGAGGCCGCGAACUGGGAUGCCAUGUCGCCCCCGUUCCAGGUCGAGCUCUAUAAAGAGUUGAUGAGGAUUGCCGGCGUUGAGACUCGUGAUCAGCUCUUCAAAUCGAGGCCCAACCACCCCGGGGCGCUCCUCCAGGUAGCGCGAGUGGUAGCUCGUGUUGUCUGGCGCCAAGAUAAGAGACUGGCUCGGAAGAUGCUCGAGUCCCACCCCAUGGUUGAGGAGCUCUUGGAGAUCUGCGGCUCUGACGUCCGCCUCCGCCACCCGCCUUCGUUCCAGGAGUGGUCGGCGAAAAUCCAGCGUGAAGCGUUAGACCAGCAGAAAGCCGAGAUCGAGGAUCGUCGUGCUCGUGAGGGUGAUUCGCGCCGUCUUCGUAUGCAGGCCAAGGCUUUGGAGCGGAAGGCUAGGCUGUGGUCUCCGAUUGGUAGGCGCAUCACGCUUGCUGCUGCACAUGUAUCUGCUGGUGCCACGGUUUCGGACCCUGCGGAACGCACUAAAGCUCUGGGAGAGCAUUGGAAGCCAGUGUUUUCGAAAAAGCCGUGGGACCAGGAAGGGGCUGCCCAGUAUUGUGCCGAUUGGUUGCCGUCGAUUUCGUCGCUGUCCUUGCCGCCCCCUUCCCUGCGUAUGCUGCGUUGUGCUAUGCACCAUGCCAAAGACUCGGCCACGGGGAUCGACGGUCUACCGUAUGCAGCGUGGAGUGCCGACCCGUUCGGCGAGACGAUCUUGCGGCGGGCGCUGGGGUGGGUCGGGUCUGGCCAGGCGCUCUUCGACUCUGCCAGUAUCACGCUCCAGGCCUUCCCGUCGCUCUACCAAGACUAUGUGUUGCGUGUGCUUGCCUCUCUCCAGCUCCCUGAUUUCUUCCUGGCGUUCGUGGGCUUUAUGUAUGCUGCGAUCGAGGGCGCGGCGUCGGUUCGAGGGGUCCUGGUGACUCUGUUCUGGGCGCGCAGUGGCAUUAUUCGAGGGGAUGGAUUGUCGGGCUCGUUGUUCGCUCUUGGGACGCCUUCAUUCUUAUAUGGCUUGGCGGCCUCGAUUGAGCUGCGGGCACGCGGCCUGGCGCGGGCCUGUGCUGACGAUACGCGGGGAGCCUUGCGGGCGUUAUCGGAUUUGUGUAUCCUGUAUCGGGUGAUGAUGCUGGCGGAGAAGUAUGCGAAUCUCUGCCUCGAAGUUGCGAAGUGUAAGGUAGUCCCGCUCUCGGCUCGGUUCUCCGAUCGGCUGGUCUCGGCGGUGAGUGACAAGUUGAGCGUUCUAGUUCCUAGGUGGGCCGAGUUCGAGGUGUGCGACUCGUUAUUGUACUUGGGGUUGUGGCUGGGGCCUGGCGUUGACUCGUUUCGGUCGUGGUGUGAUCCGUUGGCGAAGCUCCGUUUGCGGGCUCAAGCUAUUGGUCGAGGCGCGACGCCCACGAGCGUCUCAGCGGUCCUCUACAAUACGAGAGUCGUUGCCACACUCUCUUAUGUCGCUCAGUUCUGCGCCAUGCCGACAGAGGUGCUGAAG